AGUAAACGCACAACAAAAAUUUCGGGAUGCCAGCAAGGAUUUCAGGAAAGAUUUCGGAGCUCAAGGAGAUGAGAUACUACAAAGAUUUCCAGAUUUCAGCAAAAGUGUAACUUAGAGAUUUCAGUAGGUUAACACAUGACCUGGAGGCCGACCGGGAGUGACCUGGAGGCCGCUCUGUUCUUCCCAGAUCCUAGAGCCGACCCACACCGACCGUCACCCUUCAUCCAGGCGGCUUUCAAAGGUGAUGUGGACGUUGUGGGGUACGUUGUACGUAGCUACCCCGCGCCCAAGUACGUCGACUACGCGGACACCGUCCAUUUCGACUCG